UGCCUGAUUGGGCAUUUGAAGCUAUUGGUCAAGAAACAAGGGGCACAAGACAAGAUGUUGUUGCAUACCAUCCAGGACUUUACCUGAGUACCAAGAACUCCAUGCAAUUUGUUGUAACAGUGAGGCUAGAGAACUUUAUUCAAAGAAACUUGCCAAGUUUAUUGGAAAGCAUCCCAAAUCAAAAUGGGUUGCAUUUGAAAGUUUCUAAAUACACUGAGUAA